CAUGGGGUGGGGUCACAUUGGAAGUCAUGGCUACUCCACCUCAGAUUCCGGUAACGUUGCGGAGGCAGGUCCUAGCACCACCACCGCACCACGGCGGUUCCCUCUGGCGGCUCAGCCGGAGAUGAUGCGAGCUGCUGAGAAGGAUGAUCAAUAUGCCUCUUUCGUUUAUGAUGCUUGUCGCGACGCCUUCCGCCACCUCUUUGGUACGAGAGUUGCGGUUGCUUACCAAAACGAGACAAAACUUUUAGGGCAAAUGCUUUACUAUGUUCUCACAACAGGCUCUGGACAACAAACCCUUGGAGAGGAAUACUGUGACAUCACUCAGGUUGCAGGACCUUAUGGACUUCCUCCUACCCCUGCAAGGCGCACUCUUUUCAUUGUUUACCAGACAGCUAUUCCUUAUAUUGCAGAAAGGAUUAGUUCUAGAAUUGCUUCCCGAGGCAUUUCCCUAGCUGACUCGGAGUCUGCUGAGAGUUAUGGUGAAACUGCCCACGAGAGCAGUAGUUCUCGCGUUUCUGCCGCGGGUGAACUCCCUCCUUCGUCCUCAUCAGGACGAUCUUUUACAACUCUGACAAGGUUGAAGGAGAAACUGAGUAGAUUUUGGUUGCAUUUGGUUCAGAGAUGGCCUACGAUGCUCCCUUUUGUUCGCGAAUUGUUGCAGUUGGUUCUUCGUGCUAACCUCAUGUUGUUCUACUUCGAAGGCCUCUAUUAUCAUAUAUCCAAACGUGCUGCAGGCAUUCGUUAUGUGUUUAUUGGAAAAGCAUCUAAUCAAAGACCCAGAUACCAAAUACUUGGAGUAUUUCUGCUGAUUCAACUUUGUGUAAUAGCUGCUGAAGGGCUGCGUCGAAGAAAUUUAACUUCAAUUGCUGGUUCAGUUCAUCAGGCGUCCUUUGUAACCCACCAUAGAUCUGCAGGACAUGGUUUGCCUGUUUUAAAUGAAGAAGGCACUCUGGCAGCUCCAGAUACCGACAAAGGAAGUUGGGUCUCUGAUUCUUCAUCUUCCGAGUAUCGUGCAACUAGUGGAGUUAGCAAAUGCACACUUUGCCUGAGUAAUCGUCAACAUCCAACAGCUACUUCCUGUGGCCAUGUAUUCUGCUGGAACUGUAUCACAGAAUGGUGCAACGAAAAGCCAGAAUGCCCUCUUUGCCGCACCCCCAUAACACACUCAAGUCUAGUUUGUGUUUAUCAUUCGGACUUCUAGAAUCUGUCAGCUGCAAAAUCUUUUGGACAUAGAAAGAAGGUAGCAUGAAAGACUACUAUCACUGGAGGGUGAUUCUGCGUUAGUUUAGUUAUUUCACUCCUAAACGGGUUGUGCUAGUAAGAUUUAUGCCAACUAUCAAGGAAGUUCUCACACUUCAAAAUAAUAGUCGUAAUCAUGUUGAAAAUAUACCCAUGUUGGAUGUUUAUUUCAUGGACUUUGAAUACUUUUAACUGUAUUUUGUAUUUUUUUUUUUUACUUUUAUUCUUUUAAAUAUUUAUGCCAAUACAGAUGAGAAUAUUAAAAUAGUUAGACAAAUAAUAAUAUUG